AUGGGAUACACCAACAAGUCAUCCACCAGGAACGACCAUGCCGCCGACGGUGAGCGGAAGUUUACGUCGUUUUUUCACAACUUCUUUCUCGUAGGAAGGAGUUGGUGUAAGCGCCUCUUUUUAUUCAAUGGCAAUACAAGGCGCUACGAUAGCUGGAGCAGCAGCGGAAGUGGAAGCACUCUCGAAAUAGGCGAAACAGAAAUCAAGGAAAAGUACUACGCUUUAGAGCCGUUUGAGGCACCAUGGCCAACACGGCAUCAACAUGCGCGUUUUUGGAUUCGGGUUGCCCCCAGGCUUGUGGAGCAGCUAGUUACAUCCAGCCUUCUUGUUAAGCGUUACGCUGCAGCCGAAAAGCAACUGUUACCGGUACACCUGGCCAACGCUGCCUUCAGGGACUUAGAGACGCUUGUUGUGCGGCACAUAGGAGCUAUCGAGGAUAGAGAUACAAGAAGGCGGAGUCGAGGACAAACAAACAGGAAGGCCUCCAAGGAAAACAAGCAAACGCUUGAGGAGUGGUUGAAAGAACUGAAAUCUUCGCCCGUACCAGCGGUCGACGCGAAAGUUUCCAAUCCGCUAAACAGAGUGGAUGAGGAUACACAAAAAGGCUUUGAGGAAACAGGGGAUGAAGAAAAUUUCGUCUUUGAGCAACAGGCUAGCCAGGACAGUCUUUGGAGUGUUGACAGUGUCGCAGCAGCGGGUGACGACGCUGCUGCAAUAGCGCCGCAGACCUUGGCCUUUAGGAAGUUGGAACGGGCAGCGCACCUGUCAAAACAGUUCAGUCAAGCGAAUGUGGAGGAUUUGCAGCAUCUGAAGACGAUCACCAGAGCGCUUGAAUGGACAGUGGUUGAGGUUUUUGAAAAAAUGUCAGCGAUCCGAUCGGCCGCGGCGGAGGAGUCCAUAUGGCAGGAAAGCGCAGCUCCUGCAUCCGACAACCAAAAGCUUCUGCAUGAUUUCGCAGUGCACCUAAACAAACGAAAGCGACAGAUGGCGCUGCUCCAGCCAGUCAGACAGAAACUCCUCCUGAAGCUUCUUGCUCUCCGCUUUCUCACAGACACUCCACAACAAAGGGAAAAGAGGGAGAAAGAGAAAAAGAAACAGGUGGCAGAGCUUUUUGGAGAGGAAAGCAGCAUCCUGUUUUUUGCCGCAGAUGCCUAG